UUUUGACCUGCCUCCUACCAAGCAUUAAGAAUGCCCUUUACAAUGGGUAUACGGCAGGUAGGUUGGUAAAUGUUGGUACAAAUGUGCUUGUCACUUGCACCAAUGGUUAUGAGUUUGCAACAGAUAGUCCGCAAAGUGUCACAUGUAACAAUGACAGAACCUUGUCAGCUUUGCCACAGUGUGUAGACAAGGAGGAGUGCACAGAUACAAACAUAUGCGGAUUCAAAUGUCAUAAUACAGAUGGAAGCUAUUAUUGUUCUUGUGACGCAGGCUAUACUUUAUCAAUGUUUGACAGGAGAAGUUGUAAUGAUAUAAAUGAGUGUACAUCUAAUCACAAUUGCGACGGAACGUGUAUAAAUGAGCAGGGAUCAUACAGAUGUGAGUGCAGUGCUCCAUAUGUGCUAUACACAGCUGAUUUGGUCUCCAAUUACGCUAUUCCACGAGAAGCAGGUGAAAGGGGAGAUUUACCGACUGACACUUAUCAUAUUGGUCAUUCUUGUGUUCUGUUGAGUUGUGAUACCCCUGUCCAGAAUAUUGAAAACGGAAAGAUUCUUACAAAACGAGAAUAUCAUCGAUAUGGUGAACAUGUAGAGUAUAAUUGUGACAUAGGCUUCACCCCUCGAAGAAUCAUACGUUUCUGUGGUUUUGAUGGACAGUGGACUGGAACUGAACCAGUAUGUCAAGCUGCAAGCUGUGCAGAGACUGUUCCGAAUGUUCUUCAAACAAGACCUGUUGUUGAGAGCGGACCUUAUAACUAUGGUCAGCGCCUUACUCUACAGUGUACUGUUGGGGAUAACACUUUUGACAAGUACAGGUUCUGCACCUACAAUCCUAAUACUGAUGACUAUGAAAUGCAAGGAUCACAAUAUGAAUGUGGAGUGAUUGAUUGUGGUUUACCAAAACUGGCACCAGGGAGUUCCUAUGCUUUGCCGAGUGUUACAACUUUGGGAAGCUCUUUUGAUUUUACUUGUCAAACUGACACACGUGAAGGGCUAACUCAGGCAGGGCAUGCCAGUCUAGUCUAUUGUUUGAAAGAAGGAUAUUGGGACUUUGGAAACUUGCAGUGUACUGAAGAGAAGUGUUUGGACCCCACAUACCCACCAGAUGGUGAUAUAAUAGCUGAUAGUUUUGCAGACAGAAGCACCGUUAGCUUUAAAUGUCUUAGGCAAGGAUACAGCCUCUCUAAUGAUGUGACCUUGACCUGUAAUAGAGACAACUUCUUUUCUAAUAAUGAACAAGUGCCCACAUGUAGAGACACAGAAAAACCGGUUAUCAACAAUUGUCCAACAACCCCAAUAUCGAUAAGAAAAUACGAGGCUCUGCCACCAAGGCUACCUCAGUUGACAGUCACUGACAACACAGCCGUCCGCAGCUUUACCAUAACUCCUAGCAACGCUAAUACAACUUAUUUUGUAAGCAAUAACUUACAAGUUGUAUAUACUGCAACAGAUUUUGCUGGUAAUGUUGAAACAUGCACAGUAAAUGUUGAAGUAACAGAUGAGGAACCUCCACUAAUAAAUUGCCCAGCAGAUCGUGUUGUGUAUAUGGACACUGAUAAUGAAGAAAAAGAAUAUGAUAAGCUGAGAAUUGAAGAUGUUGUACCUCAAAAUCAGAGAGCCGAAAUCAAGUCAUUUUUUGUUACUGGUGAACCAGACAUUCUGAGGACUAAUGAUCUGUACAGAACAUACACAUUUACUAUUCAAGUGGAAGACCAGGCUGGAAAUCAAGCAUCUUGCAGGCAGCAAAUUUUUGUGCAGCCACGACCUUGUAGUGAGAUCUCUUACCCCACCCCUCUAAAUGCUAAGAAGGAAUGCACUUUCAGUGGAACUACAAGGACAUGUGUAUUAACAUGUGAUGAUUUGUACACAUUUGAAGAUGGUAAGACAAAAACAGUACAAUGUUCUAGCGGAAGUUGGGGCAACACACCUUGGAUACCAGCAUGUGUGAGAGAUGUAACACCACCAGUUGUUUCUUGUCCAUCAUCAUCCACAAUUUCUAAUCUAGACCAAAGAGGUGAAACUUUCGAAUUUGAUUUUGCGACAAAUCUUGGAAAUUCUGUUGGUGUAAAUGAUUUAAACACAUAUGGUAAUGCACAAUUUAUUCCGGAGAAAUAUACAUUUACUGAGACAGAUCUGUACAGACCAAAGGUGGUAAUAGUUCAAGUGACAGAUACAGCAGGAAACACUGGGUCCUGCAGUUUUGAAUAUACAGCUGUUCCCCCUGUAUGCUCUGAGCUGUCUCUUCUUGCACCUAUCGAUGGAGGUGUUUCUGGUACAAGACGUGCAGCAACAAGUACACGAUCUGCUGGUUGGGAUGUUACAAUUACAUGUAACACUGGUAAAAUUCUAAGAAAUGUUGGUGCUUCAACAACAGUGAGCUGCAAUGAUGGACAAUCAUGGUCUAAUAGUGACAUAUUUCCAAUAUGUAUUGAUGAUAAUGCCGGACCAACUCUGGCUUGCCCAACAUCUGCAUAUGAAAGAAUUACAACAGGAGAUGAUGAAAGGAGGAUUGAUUUUGCUAAUGUUGCUAGAUAUGCCGGAACUGCAACUGACCUCAGUGGUAUUGCUAGCAGAUCAUAUCAACCGGCCUUCAUUGAUGUUAACUUUAAUGCACUAAAUACAGUGAGACAAAUAUCCCUUACAGUUACUGACAAUGCAGGAAAUCCUUCAGUCUGUUCAUUUCAGGUGGCAAUUAUAGCUGAGGAAUGCUCACCACUGGCGUUACCUACACCAGCUAAUGGAGCUAAAUAUUGCACUGAAACAUUAAAUGGAUGGUCAUGCGAGCUCUCCUGUAAUCCUAACUAUUCCUUCUACUCGACAACACAAAAUACCAUCAGAUCAUCCUGUACAAAUGGCGGAGAAUUUGGCACUUACAUACCUGAUUGUGCACGUGAUGAUGAUACUACAAAUAAACAGUUCAUUGGGAAAAUGAGGUAUGAAUAUGUACCAGAAAGCACUUCAAUUACCAGCAUUCCACAAUCAUGUAUAACCGGCUAUAAAACUACAUUGUCGGCUGGUGCACCCUCAAUCCUAGACAGAAUGACAACACGUCUGAAAAAUUCUUGCGAUAACAAUUACGGUCCAUUCAAUGCAGACUUUGUACUUUCAUUCCUACCAGAUAGCACCGACGUGACUAUUCAAACUAAUGGCAGAACGGUUGAAAUGAUCUUUUCCUACACCAUAGUUUAUAGCGACACUACUAUAUAUGAGAAGUGUGCGACGUCAUUUCUCAAUGAUAUUGGUGGAAUCGGCAACAUUUAUCCUUUGAGUGGUAAUAUUCCAGCCAGUGGAAACUGUCCGGAGUUAAAAUGGGAUCAGGUAGCUGAAGGUGCUGGCCGGGGGUUAUCAUGUGCUGCACCAUUUUUUGCGUCCUUAACUAAUAAUGAACAGUGUGUCCGAUGUCCUGCCGGCACACAGUCUAACGGAGAAUUUUGCUCAAUAUGCCCAAAAGGUACAUAUAGGAACUCUGCAGAUGCUUCAUGCAUUCAAUGUCCCACUAGUUAUACAACAAGAUAUCCUGGUGCCACAAAUAGUGGAUCGUGUAUCGCCCCUUGUACUGGAUCAAUUUCUACAACUGGAUUUAGUCCCUGUUUAACUUGCCAGAAAGGUAGCUACAGAUCAGACAGCUUGACAUGUCAGUCUUGUGGAUUUGGGCAGACGACAAAUGGCGAUGGCGCCACUAGUCCAGAUGCUUGUGUAUCUAGUACUAUCGAUGAUG